AUGGAAUCUACAUCACAGCCGGGCCGGAAGCCCUCCGGUCAGGGAGAAAAAGCUCAGGACAGCGGCGAGGCCACGUUAAUGUCGAAUCCCUACAAUCCCAAUUCCGCUGCGUACCUUGCCUACCCAGUCAAACACGUUAUGUCUUCACUCUACCGACGCAUGACAGAACCUCCUGAAAAUCCUGUCCACAAGCUGCUUGAUGCCCCCACUCCCUCCAGGAACACCGUUGGCUGGACACCGCCCCGCCGUUCAGCAUCACCCUUCCAACCGCCGCCUCUCACGCCCCUCGCUCUCCAGCAUACUCUCUCUGGCUCCGCCGCCACAUCACUGCUACUGUCUCGUUCUCUCGCCGAGGAGAUCCGUCUUCUAUUACCACCGCGUCUGCAGCUCCUAGACCACUGGAAGCUGGCCUACUCGCUCGAAGUGCACGGCUCCUCCCUACGCUCCCUCUAUGACGCCUGUGAACGCGUCUCUCUGAACACACAGCGCUCCGGCUACGUUUUGGUAGUACGUGAUAGCUCUUCCUUGGGUGCCACUGGUUCUGUCUUCGGCGCGUACCUGACGGACGCACCAAAACCCGCCCAACACUACUAUGGCACGGGUGAAUGCUUCCUCUGGCGUGCCAGUAUAUUGCCAUCGUUGCGGAAUCUUGCUGUCUCCGCCAACAUGAACGGAACAGAUACUUCGGAGCCUCUUUCGCCCGACCUUCUACAACUAGCUGGCCUUCCACCUCCUCCCUCAGCAGAUACCGAUCACCUAGCACGCACCACCACCGUCCGUGGCGAAAAGCGCAAAUCCCAGUCCACGCCCAACCCUUCCGCUUCGCAACCGACCUCGAAAUCAUCCACAAACACCUCGGCCGCCAACCGCCUCGCUCCUCCACCUCCGCCAUCAGGCACAGCCUCAGGCGCUUCGACACCAGACCGGAUUCGCUUCAAGGCAUUCCCUUACUCAGGUGUGAACGAUUUCAUGAUCUACUGCGAAGCCGGCAUGCUGUCCGUUGGCGGAGGCGACGGGCAUUACGGGUUGUGGCUAGACGACACGCUGGAUCACGGGAUCAGUGAGACGUGUCCUACUUUCGGAAACGAGGAGCUCAGCGAAGAGGGCCGCAAGUUCGAGGUACUGGGCGUCGAAGUCUGGUAUGUUGGCGCGUAG